AUGGCAUCCACUGUAGCCCUAGUUCUCUUCAUUCAAUGUCUCCUUUCCAUUCUGCUGACAACCACUCUAGCAGCACCCAUCAAUAUCACCCGGGAAACGUUUAGAACGUGCCGUCCGGGGAAUUGGGUCGGAAUUCCAUCUGAUUGCUGCCCUCCCAAGGUCAUAAAAGGACCCAUUGUAGAUUUCUGCCCGCAAUACGAUGCUGCUAAGCCUUUGAGGGUCAGGAAGGCAUUACAAUGUCUCAGUGGCCAUGAGCUGAAGACCUAUACAAGGAAGUUGGAGAGAGGAUACGCUCUGAUGCGGGCUCUUCCAGACAGUGAUCCGCGGUCGUUCAAAAGGCAGAACGCGAUUCAUUGUGCAUACGGGACGGCCUCCUUCAUCCAGGAUGGCUCCACCAACCUCACCAUAGACAUUCACUUGAAUUGGCACUUCCUGCCCUGGCACCGCAUGUUCGUGUACUUUCACGAGAAGAUUUUGCAGAAGUUACUCGGAGAUCCCGAAUUCAGUCUCCAUUUCUGGAAUUUCGACAACAGCGUCACAGCGAAACCAAGACAUGGAUCCCAUGGUUGCUACAAGGCUGGUCAUUUCGUGCCGCCGAUGUACAACGAUCCGUCGAAAGCAACAUUUGAAGCUAAUCGCUCUUUCAUGGCCUUCGAGCCCAAUAGGGCCGUGGACUUAGCGUUCGACCUUUCGCAGUGGAGCCCUGUACUGGGCCCUCCCACCUUCCCCAAUAACACCGUGGAGGAACAAACGCGGAUGAACAGAGAAAUCAUGCACAGAUCGAUGAUCACCCUUGGAAAUACCACCAGCUUCAUCGGGAAGCCUUACAGAGUCGGCGACGCGCAAAUUCUGAUCCCAGCUGCAGGAGCUGGUACGAUCGAGAUGUUGCCCCACAAUACGCUGCACGCUUAUAUCGGAGGAUGGAUGAUGCAGCCCGGUACUGCGCCCAUCGACCCCAUCUUUUACCCAUUCCAUGCAAACAUGGAGCGACUCUGGAGCGUGUGGCGCAAGCUGGGCUACGGCAAUGACGAUCCGACUGACCCAGACUGGCUCGAUGCAACAUUUCUCUUCUGGGAUGAGAAUGCAGUGAUGAGGCGAGUCAAGACAAGGGACUUUGUGGAUUUGAAUGCCCUCGGGUACAGGUAUGAGGAGGUGAAUGACGCGAGUUGGAUCUUCUUCGACAAUUCCACGAGCCCAGGUGCCCCUUAG